CAAAAUCAGAUCUGUGUGUUUGACGAAGAAAUCCGGCAGUUCAUCUUGAGCAACAACCAUGGCUGAUGACUUUGAUGUAGAAGCAAUGCUUGAAGCACCGUACAGAAAAGAGGUGAGUUGGCACAGCGUGCCCAGUGAAAUAGAAAUUUUGUAAAAUUACUUUGUACACCACUGGGUUAGCUUAGCUAAUGCUUUUCCCUUAUGGUUUUUAAUAAGGGUUGAAGCAAAUCGUAAUGGAAAAGUUAACAGCAUGUUGUUUCUGAGGGCAUUUCAAACCCAUUUCAUAGUUGCUAUUAGUGAUGAGAUAUGAACAACUUGAUGAUUAAGAUUUUAAGUGUCUUAUAAUUUUCUGUCAUAUUGGAUAAAAGUAAAAGAAAGUAUAACUUGGAUUGAAAAUCUGUAUUCUGUUCAGAACUCUUUAAUGUCAAAUUUGUAGGAUAUGACUUUGUUUAAUUAACUUUUCUUUCCCAAAAGUUUAUCAAGAUUUUGGAUUGUGGCAGUCAGUAGAUCUUUGAUCAAGCUCCUUUUCUUGUCCAGUCUUCUGACCCCAGUAUCUUAUUUUCUGUUUUGUAGAGUUGAAAUUACAGCACAACCAGCCCUAUUACAGACCACCUCGACUGACACAAUUGUUGUAUCUGACCCAUGCUAUACUGGGCUAACUUCUUGUGUCAUUUUUGUUCUGAUUUUAUUGAAAAGAAAAAUCUUCAUUCUCCUAUUUGAAUUAAAUUUUUUACCCAUAAGAAGGCUGCUUUUAAAAAAAUUUACACACUCUGUACAUUUUUCUGAUUAGACUGAGUGCCUUCUUCCUAGCUUUUGAGAUGAUCUGUUGAGACUCCUCCUUCUCAAGCAAAUGGAAAGGGUGACUCGAAUAGGACGGGUAGUGAUGGUGAAGAGAGAAGAAAAAGGUAAGAUUACCAGGGCUCUACCAUGUUUAUUCCUUACUCAGAGUCUUGUCUCUAAAAUAAAGGCCAUUGCAUUUGCUCAUCCAGAUGAUCUUAAGAAACAUAUGCCAAAACACUAUUAGGGUUUAAUUCGGUUAAUGUAAUUCUAUAUGCGGUUGAAGGGUUGCAAAGGGCUAUAAAGGAUUCCAAGUCAAUUUUUCAGACCACUCGAUCAGUGCCCAAGGCGAACAUAUGUAUACACAUAACAAGCUUCUUCAGUUUUGCAGCACCUCGUGUCAACCAAGCAAUGUGAAAUCUGAGCGAAUAUUUCUGUUUUCGCCCUAGGUAGAAAUUUUAGGUUAUGCAAGGCAUAAUUACAGCGGAUGAUCACUGGACUACAAGAUGUCUGGUUUUUGAUGUUAACAGGUUGAAGUAAAGGGCCAUUCAGGGGAGGGUUGGAGUGUACUCUUUUUAGAUUUCAGCCUAAAUUUGUAAUCAGGCAGAAGUUAAAAAUGCUGGACCACUAGUCAGAAGAACCAUGCUCUGAAAGCAUGAUUCAAUUUCACACUUGUGUAUGAUUGCUAAAUUAUUACUACUGUGGAAAGGCACACAGCAGAGAUGCCUUUAUGCUCAGGAGAUGUUUGAUCAUCUGAUACAGAUAAAACAGCAAAAUGUAAAAUGAUAUUUUUAUUUAUUUACAGUACAUAUUUCUGGAUUGUAGCAAACUAUUGUGUGGAUGAAAUUGAAGUUACACUGAAUGCUAGUUGACUUACUGCUGUCAAUAGCUUGGUUGACAUUUAAAGAGAAUACCUAAUAGAAUUUUCUAAAAGCCAAAAGUUAAUCUUUUGUUUCAUAGGUUUGAAUUAAAUCCACCAUAGGGUUUGCUAAUUAAGUUGUAAUAGCAACAGUCGCGAUCAUUCCUUGGUUCCUAAUACAUGUUAUUGUAUAGAGCUGCAUCAAGCUUAGACAUUUGGGAAUGCUCAAAUUUUAGCACUUUUGUUGAAUGAGCUAUGUUUGCCUCAUCUCCUUAGGUAAAAAUUUUUUUCUACAGUGAAGCUUCAGAUGUGCCAUAACAUGUUUUCUCUCAUUUUAAACAGUUGUUUGCAUCUGAACAUGAUCCACUAAGAGCAAAUAAAGGUAUUGUAUCUACAACGUCAGUGUUACGCUGCAAAAAAUCCUGGCCAUGAAAAGGGAAGAGCACCUCAAUGAUAACCUUUACUGCCUAAUUGUUACCAGGCUUGCAUAGGAGGGAAAAAUGUUUUAAAAAAUGCCACAGAAAGUAUAAGAUUUCCCAAGGGGUGUGGCUUAAAAGCCCAUAUAUGUCUAAAAAUAAUGAGAAAACUUUUCUGACCUUUUAUUUUGGUACUUUUGUCAACAGAAGUCAUCGAAAUCGGAGUCGCAGUAGAAGUGCCGGAAGGAGUCGGAGACGCCGCAGCCGCAGCAAAAGCCAGGAAAAAACAAGGAGAGGUCGGAGUCGCUCAAGAGAUCGUGACAGAAGACGUAGGCGUCAAAGCAGUAGUGGGAGUAGAAGCCGGUCAAGAAGCCCAGACAGAAGGCGCAAAAGCCAUGACCAGAGAGAAAAACGUGAUAGAAGAAGGAGUGUCAGUCGUAGUCCAAGUCCAUCAAGUCGCAGGAAGAGUGAUGAAGCAGAUGGAGGCAAUAGUGGUACUAUUGUACAGCGUCUUGAAAGGAGGGAGCUAAAGCCUGCAGAGGAUAUAACACCAGAGGAGAGGGAUGCUAGAACAGCAUUCUGCAUGCAGCUGGCAAGAAACAUCAGACCAAGAGAUCUUGAAGAAUUUUUUUCAAAAGUGGGCCAGGUUGCUGAUGUGCGGAUUAUAUCAGAUCGUAAUUCAAGACGGUCAAAAGGAAUUGCUUAUGUGGAGUUCACGGACAGAUCUGCUGUGCCCUUGGCAAUAAACUUGUCUGGUCAGAAACUCCUGGGUGCCCCAAUCAUGGUGAUGCCUACUCAAGCAGAGAAAAACAGAGCAGCAGCAGAGGCCGAAAAGCUCAAGGCUCCACCAGGACCAACAAGACUAUAUGUUGGAUCUCUUCACUUUAACAUCACAGAGCAAAUGAUCAAGGCAAUUUUUGAACCCUUUGGAAUUGUUGAUAGUGUACAGCUUAUUUAUGACUCUGAAACAGGAAGGUCGAAAGGCUAUGGCUUCUUACAGUUCAGAGAUGCUGAUGCUGCAAGGCAAGCUAUGGAUCAGAUGAAUGGUUUUGAACUUGCUGGAAGGCCCAUGAAGGUUGGGCCUGUAACAGAGCGAGGAGACUCCUCUUCUUAUUCCUUCCUGGAUGACGAGGAGUAUGAAAAGGGCGGUGUUGAAUUGAACUCAACUGCAAGGGCUGCUCUCAUGGCCAAAUUAUCUCAGGGUCAUUCUGCUGGUCUUCAAGUGCCAGGUGUUUCCCCUGCUGUGGUUGGUGUACAACAAGCUAUGACAGCACCAGUUGCCAUCCCCCUGCCGACACCCUGUAUCAUGCUGCUGAACAUGUUUGACCCUACCAAAGAGAAAGAUCCUGAUUGGGAUGCUGACAUUCAAGAUGAUGUACUGGAAGAAUGCACAAAGUAUGGUCACGUGUAUCACAUUCAUGUAGACAAGACCUCUACCCAGGGAGUAGUGUAUGUGAAAUGUAGUAAUGCGGAAGUUGCCGCCAGCGCUUCAAAAGCCCUUCACGGCAGAUGGUUUGCUGGGAAGCAAAUUAUUGCAAGAGCAGUCCCUCUCGCAAACUACCACGGCAUGUUUCCUCAGGCCUUGUCGAUGGUGAAGCCGUUGCAACCAUCUACGUUUUGAUAACGACUACCAUUCUUUUCCACUAAACGUCUUGAUGUUAGUGUUUGACGAAUCAGACGCGCAAGUUCUAUUAAAUUGUUAACGCGUCAUUAUUUGUAAAUAAGUCCGUGAAACGAUAAAGGAAAUUGCUGUUGGUUUCCCACAAGUUUGUCAGCGUUCCAUCAGAAAGAUAGUAUACCUUUUAAAUCGAAGCUAUCUAAAGCAAGUGAGGAUAAGGUUUUGUCAAGUUUUAAGGUUCUUCCGUAACACGUCCGUCACCCCAAAUUCCCUCCCAUUUUCUGUGCGAAUACCUGUCUUUCACUCUUCGUUAGUUUCGCCAAGAAUCUGCUUAAACUGUUACUUUUCUUUUGCUUCCGUCAACUAUGCUGUAAACGUAUAUUAAAAAAAAGGUGAAGAUGAAAUAAAAUAUAGUCAAAAAAGUA